UCUCUCUCUAGACUCUCUCUCUCCUCUUCUCUCUAUCUUCCUCGAUCAAAACUCAAAUAAAGACUCGGGCUUUGGACUUUGUUUUGAACCCAAGAGGAAGGGAAAAACCAAACACAGAGAUUGGAUUAGAGAUUACAAAGAAAAAUGUCUGAGAAAGAAAUCAGUCCCACCAUAAAGCUCUUCGGAAAGACCAUACCUUUGGCUUCCGCCGGCCGUGACGUUCCGACCAAUGAUGACCCGCCGUGUGGAGGUUCCCCUGCUGCUGUUGAUUCUGUGAUUGCUGCUGACACUGGUGGUGCUGCUGUUGAAGAGGAAGACUGCUCAAUCAAGCUUCCUUCUUGUUCUGAAACUACUUCACCUGAAGAGCAAGAGGAAACAAUAUCAGGAAAAGAACUCGCUGCUGACAAAGAGGUAGAAGAUCCCUCAAAUCAAUCCACAGAAGACUUAAAACCUCCAACAACAUCAUCAGGGAUUAGUGAGAAUCCCAAAACUCCCUCAGCUGAUAGAGAAACUUCAGUAUCUCUGAAAUCCUCUAAGAACGGAGAACAGAGUGACGAGACCAGUAGCUCACAAGACAAGACUCUGAAGAAGCCAGACAAGAUACUUCCGUGUCCCCGAUGUAAUAGCAUGGACACCAAGUUUUGUUACUACAACAAUUACAACGUCAAUCAGCCCCGCCAUUUUUGCAAAAACUGUCAAAGAUACUGGACUGCCGGCGGAAUCAUGAGGAAUGUGCCUGUGGGAGCUGGUCGGCGCAAGAACAAGAAUGCUUCGUCAGCUUCACACUACCGUCAUAUGCUAAUGUCGGAUGCUCUCCAAACAGCUCAUGCUACUGCUGCUGCUGCUUCUAAUGGUGCGCACAAUCCAACUGUGGGAAGAAAUGGCACUGUGCUUACAUUUGGUUCAGAUUCUCCUCUUUGUGAAUCAAUGGCUUCUGUACUGAGUCUUGCCGAGAAAACACAAAACUCUGUUAAGAGUGGGAUUCAUGUUCCUGAUCAACGAAGAAUUCUGGUUCCUUCCAUAACUGGAGAUAAUGGGGAUGCCCAGUCAAGUGGAUCUUCAAAUAUUACAGCUUUAAAUUCAUCAGAGAGGGGAUGCCAAUCAGGUGUACAAGAGCCAGCAGCUCACAACUUUCAAGGGUUCCCUCCUCAUCAAGUACCGUGCUUUCCAGGCCCCCCUUGGUCAUAUCCAUGGAACUCACCUCAGUGGACCUCUGCAAUGCCUCCACCUGCAUUCUUUCAUUCAGGGUUCCCCAUAUCAUUCUACCCCGCACCACCGUACUGGGGUUGCACUGGACCCGGCUCGUGGAAUGUCCCAUGUAACUCUCCACCAUCCUCGACUCUUAGCCACUGUGGUACAAACUCUGGUCCAAAUUCCUCAACCUUAGGGAAACAUCCUAGAGAUGGGGACAUUCUUAAUCAAGCCAGCUCUAAAAAAGAAGAGUCCAGCAGACAGAACAGGCCAGAUAGAAGUGUUUUGAUUCCUAAAACAUUGAGGAUUGAUGAUCCUAGUGAAGCUGCAAAGAGCUCUAUAUGGGAAACACUUGGCAUCAAGAAUGAAAAGGGAUAUUCUAUCAAUGAGGGAGGUAUCUUUAAGUCAUUUCAAUCCAAGGGAGAAGAGAGAAGGCAAGUUUUUGAACAAUCAUCGGUGUUGCAUGCAAAUCCUGCUGCCUUUUCGCGGUCAAUCAACUUCCAUGAGAGAUCGUGAUCACAUGUAGAAGGAGUCUACCUACUGCAACAUUUUGCUGCUGACCCUUUUUUUUUUCUCAACACCUUCUCCGCAAUGUCUAUCCCAGAACUUCAAACCAGAGCAAAGCUGCUUCUGACUAGAUCACAGAUAUACCCUCUUUUUUUGUUUGUUCUUUAAUCUUUUAUCAGUAUGUGCAGGUACUGUUAGUUUUCAGCUUAAGUGCUUCAAAAUGUUUGUAUACAUACUGAAGUGAGAGGUAGUAUAAGUUAACAUAGGUAAUAUGGAGAGAGAUAGUUGGAUGUAAUAGGAAAACUUGAUGUGCAGAAUAAAUUUCUCA